AUGGAUGCUUCAGUGGUGACCUACUCACAGCUGAAGACCAUGUUGUCCGUCCGUGACAUUCAGCUGUUCGAUGUGAGGGAUCCUGAUGAAUACCAGGCCGGACACAUCGCAGAUGCUGUCAACAUCCCAUUGGUAACCCUGGAAGAGUCCCUGAAACUGUCCCCAGAUAGCUUUAAGGACAAAUUUGAAGUGAAGGCUCCUGGGAAAGAUGACAACAACAUCGUGUUUCAUUGCAGAAGUGGGAAAAGGAGCGCCAAAGCACUGGACAUCAGCCGGCAGCUGGGAUUUACCAGGGCGAGACAUUAUGAAGGAGGCUACAGUGAGUGGGCAGAGAAGAAUAAAGAAAAAUGAAUCCGGG